UUCGACUUCCCACGACUUCCGCUUUCGGCUCGCGCCAAGUUGGUGCUCUGGAGUACCACCCUUCGAUUUGACCGCCCCGAUAACUACGUCUUCUCCGCAUUACUACAUAAAAUAUUUGACAGAUCCCCUCCGUGGCAGUUGAUGAUAUUGUUGUCGUCGGACACGGCUCGGUCAAUAUGCGAUUAUCCUCCAUCCUCUUCGGGCUUUUCCUCGCCUUGCUCAACACCCUGCAGGUGACUGCCAUCAGGUUGAUCGAAUCCAGCGCUCUCAAUCUAUGUCAAGCGAGCAACAACUUCACUGUUACCUACUUCAGCGUCGUAUUCACUCCCGGCAACCGCUCACUCGCUUUCAGCUUCGAUGGAGUAUCAGCGAUUUCCGGCUAUGUCACUGCGGAAUUGCAGCUCACAGCCUACGGCAUCAGUGUCUUGUCAGAGACCCUGGAUCCAUGUGAAAUGGGCAUCGCGGGUCUCUGUCCUAUGAACACCGGUGCCAUUGAUGUUGCCAAAGCUACCUUGACCAUCCCCGAGUCGGUGAUCAAAGAUAUCCCAGGCAUCGCCUAUACUGUUCCCGAUCUCGACGCUAGUGUGCGUAUCUACAUCAAUUCCACGUCAACGAACUCCAGCAUCACCUGCAUGGAGGCGGAGCUUUCGAACGGCCAGACGGUUUAUCAAAAGGGUGUCGGCUGGGCGACUGCUGUCAUCUCCGGAUUAGGUCUCGCCGCCUCUGCCAUCACCUCGGGAUUGGGGCACUCAAACACCGCAGCCCAUGUCGCAGCCAAUGCCCUUUCCUUGUUCAGCUUCAUGCAGUCUCAGGCCAUGAUUGGCAUGACAUCGGUGCAUAUGCCCCCGAUCGUUGAAGCGUGGACCCAAAAUUUCCAGUGGAGUAUGGGUAUCAUCCAUGUCGGCUUUUUGGAGGAUAUCUGUACUUGGUAUCAGAGAGCCACCGGAGGUACCGCUGCGACGCUACUAUCGAGUCUUUCAACAACUUCGGUCGCAACCUACAAACGUAGAAAACGUGACCUCGAGCUUGAGGAACAAGGCAUUUUCAGACGAGCAAGCGGCUAUCUGAAUUAUAUGCGCAAGCGUGCCUCAGGGAACAGCAAGACAGCGACCGAUUCUACUGUCAUUGUACGAGGUAUCGAGCGUGUUGGUUUCAAGGCCAAAAUCGAAUCGACGAACAUCUUUAUGACUGGUCUCAUCUUCUUUGUUGUCUUUGUUGCUCUGGUCAUGAUCUUGGUCGGCCUUUUCAAGCUUGGCUGUGAACUGUUAGCCAAGCAGGGUAGGAUGAAGAGCAACAAGUUCCAGGACUUCCGGAACGGCUGGAAAGUGGUAGCCCGUGGCAUUCUCUUCCGGCUGACGCUGAUCGGCUUUCCCCAAAUGGCUGUUUUGUGUCUAUGGGAGCUUACCCAGCGCGACUCGGCUGCGGAGGUGGUUCUGGCCAUCGUCAUGUUCCUGUCGGUGGUCGCCGCUCUGGGUUGGGCAUCUCUCAAGGUGCUCCGCCUAGCAAACCGAUCAACUGUGAUGCACAAAAAUCCGGCCUAUAUUCUCUUCUCUGACCCAACCUGCCUGAACAAGUGGGGUUUCUUGUAUGUGCAAUAUCGCGCAACUGCAUACUACUUCAUUCUUCCUUUCCUCGGCUAUAUCUUCGUUAAGGGCAUGUUCAUUGGCUUGAGUCAACCGGCUCCUGUUGUCCAGACUAUUGCCUUGGUCAUUAUCGAGGCCUGCAUGCUCAUCGCAGUUAGUGUGCUGCGUCCGUGGAUGGAUAAGAAAACCAACAUCUACAACAUCGCCAUCGCUGCGAUCAACUUUCUUAACGUCAUCUUCCUCCUCUUCUUCUCGAAUGUCUUCAAUCAACCCGGCAUUGUUACUGGUGUCAUGGGCGUCGUGUUCUUCGUGAUCAACGCAAUCUUCGCCCUCGUGCUCUUGAUCAUGGUGUUGGUCGCUUCUAUCUACGCCAUUGUAUCCAAGAACCCGGACACACGCUAUCAGCCGAUGAGGGAUGACCGGGGUUCAUUCAUCAAGUCGGGCAGCCAGCUGACGACCGAACUGGAUGCCUUGGGUGCGACGGCCCGUGGCGACAUGAAGAAUUCGCCCUACAAGUCCAGUCCGUUUGAAGAUGAUAACGCGUCUUUCUCCAGCGGUAACGGGGCCAGUGUCAGCCGUCAGAACCUUGAGGCUCCUGAGCCCUCGCCGAACCACGCUGCGCGCUCGCCGGCCUCCCCUGUGGACCCUUCGUUGCCGCUAUUCCCCAGCGACAACCGCAAUGGCUCGCAUGACGCCAAUUUUGGACGCUCACCAUCGCCUGUGCCGCGUGGUUACACCUCCUCUCCCAUGCAAAACCCACACGCAUACCGGCAACAAAACAACCCGAGUCCAUGGCAAAGAGGAGCAGGAUAUGAUCACUGAAGUUGAAGAAUUCACCUGAAUUGCUUUCUAGCCUUGCUUGUGAUGAAAUUAUGGCCUUGUGUGUGUGCGCGUGCGGGGAGAAGGCAUGGAUUGACUCCUAUUCUAUUCUAUUCACGAGCCAUUCUA